AAUUUGCCCAGGGGAAAGGAGGUUAGCCGGGUCACAUUUCUUUUGACCAGCAGUGGGAAUUUGAAGGGGCACCUGGAUGUCUAAGCAAUUUAUAUAGAAAUGAAAAAGAAUCUCAAUUUCUUUGGGGAUCACCCAUACAAUAGCCCACUAAAGCGUCUAAAAUCUGACCAUAUCACAAGGUCAUGUGACUUAUGGGGGAUAUAUAUGUACUCUACGUAACUGGAUUCAGUUAAGCCAUGACGUCAUGAUGCCUGGUAAUACCGUAUGUCAAGUCUUUGCCCAGUUUCUGUAGUUCUUUUUAUCAGACUGAUAUACAUUAGUGGUAGUAGUACACAAACUAUAAAGCCCAUACUGUUCGCAUUAUAACAGAGAGCUUUAGGACCCUGGGGAAGCCGUCCUAAUUAAUUCAAGCCUCCAGCCCCGAAAAAUAAGAGAGGGGAAGCGAGGUACAGCUCCUGAAACACAUACGCUGUAGUACCGUUGCACUGAAGUAAAGAGCUCUCCGACGACAGCUCUUUAAAUGAUUUUAUAACUCCGCAAAGUAAACACAGCUACCAUCAUUUUCAACUAUUCAAGAGCAAUCUAACAAAAACAAUAAUAACAAAUAUUUCUGGAGACGCGUUUACUGUACAGGUAGUGAUGGGAGCGUUUUAUUCUAGACGCGAUGAAAAUUACAUACGCGACCUCGCCGAGAAGACAGGCUUCUCAGUGGAGCAAGUUGAGAUCCUGCACAGAAGAUUUAAACAGCUGAGCAGAGACGAGGACACUCUCCAACCAGAGCACCUUUACAGCAUACCUGAUCUGGAGUUCAACCCCAUCCGAACCCAAAUCGUCGCUGCUUUCUUUGACAAAAGGAACUUCGAUAAGGAUUCCCCGCAGGGCACUGUGCAGGAGAUCAGCUUCGAGCAGUUCCUAACCGUCAUGUCACACUUCAGACCGCUGAAGCUCCGCAUGACUGAGGAACAGAGGGAGCAACUGAGACUGGAGAAACUGCAGUUCCUCUUUAACAUGUACGACUUGGACAACGACGGGAAGAUCAGCGUGGAAGAAUACAGACAUGUUGUUUAUGAGCUCUUGUCCCAAAACCCCCAAAUAGGAAAUGAAUCUGCCUCCAUUGCAGAUGCUGCUAUGUUAGAAGCUGCAAGAAUCUGCAUGGGACAAAUGGAGCCAGACCAAGUCUAUGAAGGAAUUACCUUUCAGGACUUUCUAAAGAUGUGGACUGGCAUCGACAUUGAGACCAAGAUGCACAUUCGCUUUUUGAAAAUAGACAACACCACUCUGUGCAAAUGAGGAACACGAUGAACCUUCAGGUUUCAAAUUGGAACUGCAUUGGGGGUAAUCUACAGGCAUGCAGGGGCAUGAAUUCUGCUUUGUUCUUGAUGACUAUGGGCUGAUGGAGUUGGUUAAGGGUGCAGCAGGAUUGUUUCCUUAGGUUCUUAAUGUAACAGGUCAGUUCUGUUGAAUUAUAUGUUUGUGUUUGUACUGUACUGCAGGUCAAACCAAAGGCUGUCAAACUAAGUGGGGGCGCUGCCUCCCUCAGGGAACCGCAGGCUUUGAUAAGCUUUAUACUAACAAUUAGCACAUUGCCACACAGGCUUUUCCCAUGCAAAACUCUCCUUCCUUCAUGAAAAAAAUCUGUUUGCAUCAACAAGUCAUUUUUGUCUGGAGCAAAUCCAAGAAAUGCUUUUGAGAGUUGCGGCACUGAAUUCCUUGCACGGUUGGGAAAGGUUACACAAAAUAAUUCAAAAGAAAGAUUCUGGGAAGUGAACCAUAUAUGAGAGUAGAAAUAGCCAAGCGUUCUCCCACCCCUCCACUCCAAUAAUACCUUGUUCCCACGCUACUCCUGCACCAGAGCUGUGUCGAAAGCAUUACUGGGUGGCCUCUUGAGCAUGGAUUAACCGUGUAGCUCCCCGAAAAUGACGACAGUUUAAAAUCCGAUGCUAUGAACAUCUAGAUGCAACAUAAUUGAAAAUGUCGACAGGACAAGAUAACCUGCAUGCUACACACAGCCUGUUCUGAUUUAUCACUACUCCUCUGAAUUUCCAGGGACCCACUGAAAAUGGAUGCAGUAAAGUGAAUACCUCUCUUCUUGUAGCAGUCAGUCAGCUUAGUCAUUCCCUAGGCUACACUGACCCCUAGUGGCUACAAGACAGGAACUGCAUGGGUAACAUUUUUGCAGUCUGUUUGCGCUUUUACCUAGCCAUAAGGAAAUCAGCUUGCUUUGCACGGAUCAAACCUUCACGGGACUUUCUGACACAGUCAAUAACCGUCACAGUAAUGCACGUAAUGAGCACUCAUCACUUUAACCAUUUGAACUGCUAACCCAUUACUACAAAGUACAUAUUAGCAGAUUAAUGCACAGCAUGCUGUAGACGACUACCGACGCAUCCCUGUGAAUACGCACAACAGGAUUUUAAAAGGCUGGAUUUUUCUAUAUUAUUUCUAGGUUUUACUUUGGGGCAAAAAAAUUAUCACAUUCUUUUUUUGAUAUCUUGAUCUCACUGGGCACAAAUAUAUAUUUCAACAGAAGAUAUUGGGGUUGGUUUUUUUUGUUUUUUUUAAUAGAUUCCCAUUUUCCUGCACCGAUCUCUGAACAGUAUAGAUAUUAUACACAUUAGUAUAGAUAUUAUAACCAUUUAUUGGAAUCUGGGCAUUGAUUGAUUAUGUAACACAUGUAAGCUGUGUUUAUUUAUUUUUUCUUGGUUUUGUUCUUUGAAUAUAACGUUACUUAUGUUUGCGUGAAAGACAAAAUAAAAUCCAUUCUCAGUUCUUGUCAUUAUAUUUUGCUGUUAAACUUCAAACCCGUUCUUCUUCCGUGGGUUGACGUUGCUCUGUGGAAAUGUGUCCAUAUGAAGAAACACUUAUUUCAGUAUCCCAGAACUGGUAACAACUGACAAAUAUAUCUGAGACUUUCUUGCUAAAUUGGGAAAUAGUUAUUCUGCAUUCUCCAAAAUUUGGUCAAACAAAUUCCACUAUCAUUUCCUUUUGCAUGCAGUUCACAUCCUUCCAUUUCUGAUUUACAGUCAGCAUCGACCCCUGCAAUGCAAUCUAACGGGAGGGGGGUCUUUAUCCAAACUGGAAACAGGUUGUGGGUUGAAAACCCUUCCUGCCUUCAGGAACAUGUGAGCUGGCUGAAUGAAAUGUGGUUUGAUUCUGCAUUGAUCAGGGUUGUAGUAACUCGUCAAUUUAUCAAAAAAAGCGCCGUGCUGUGCAACUCUUACGCCAGUGCUUGGUAUGUAUUUACUAAUGCUGCAACCUUAUUAUACAUUUGAUAAAUUCUUAUGUUACAGCUUUCAAUGUAAGUUACACCCAUCGCUGUACAGCACACCAGGUGGAUAUCGCUGUGAGCGAUCUCUCAAGAAAUGCUUCUUGAGUUUGUUGGUGCAUCUAUUUGUUCUAAAGCAGCCAGUCUUGAGGUAAGCUUUUUCGUUAAACCCAUCAAUUCCUAGAACAGCAAUAAUUGCCCCUCGUAAUUAGGGGGAGUUUUCUAAUUAUCCAGAAUUGUAUGGGUUGUGCACUCCGCCAUAGAGUUGAAAAAUUCUGCCCUACAUGAAGGCAUGAAAGGCCGUUCAAAACUGUGCUUGAGACAAAGAGAGGCAUGGAAUCUAAACCAUAAAACAUUCAGGGACUUCCUUUAAUCCUAAAAGGGCUGCUGCUGUAAAAAUGGAGCGUAUAUUUAGUAUUAAUGAUGGGUAGUAAUGUAAAAAAAUAAGGAGAAACUAGGAAAGGCACUGGCUCUGUAUAAAAAGCCGUAUGCUGCAAGUAACCUGUUCAAAGUGCAUAAUGAAUGUACAGUAAUAUGCUUAAAUAUAACACAGCUGAACAGUUUAGUAACAGUGUAUCAAAUGACUAUUUUUCAAAGCGUCUUUAAUUAGAACCAGAUAAGUCAAGUACUAUGACGCGUGGCUAUUGAUAGGAACACACAUUAAAGUCUCUUGCUGCUCAGUUUUAUAUAUCAUUGACAUGGAAUUUUCUCCUUUCAAAAACGCUUUGAAAAUACUGUCCAUAGUGUUUAAUCAUUAUUUAAACAGGUUAUGUGCUGUCAAUAUUAUAAAAAUACAGGUCUUAACUACAGCCAAACUAUAAUGCCACCUGUAUCUACAGCGACGCUUCUUCCUGCACUUCACAGAUUUCUCUUUACCUUUUUAAAUGCAUACCUGCAAUUUGAAUAGCGUGCACUCGCUGGCUUUUCAACCGGGCAGGGAUCUGAUCCAAUAGCACAUAUAAAAAUACAGUAAUAAUGGGGGGUUACAAGAACAGUAGCUAGUUGGGAAUGCAGAAC